UGUUCCAGCGAGCACCAGCUGCUCGGCACUCCGGGCUCCGCUGCUCCGCUCCGCGCCCCGCCGGCCUCCCCGCCGCUCCAACUUUUGCACCCUCUGCUCCCUCAUCCCCUGCUCCUGCCCCCGGAGCUGGGAAGGGACAGACGGAAGCGGGGAGGGGAAAAAGAAAAAAAAAAAAAAAAGAAGGCACCGACAAUAACAGCCCCCCCUCCCCCUCCCCAUUCAAAAACACAACAUAAACCCCAGGGAUAGAUGAACUACAAAUGAGAAAGAGGAAAAGAUGGAACUGCACAUCCUAGAGCACAGGCUCAGAGUGGCCAGCAUAGCCAAGGAGAGCAUCCAGUUGUUUACCUAUGGAUUAAUCAAACUUGCUUUCCUGUCCUCUAAGACGAGGUGCAAGUUCUUCAGCCUCACAGAAACCCCUGAGGACUACACCAUCAUAGUGGAUGAAGAGGGCUUCCUAGAGCUUCCUUCCUCGGAGCACUUGAGCGUGGCCGAUGCAACAUGGCUUGCCCUCAACGUGGUGUCUGGUGGAGGUGGUUUCUCCAGCUCCCAGCCCAUCGGAGUGACCAAAAUUGCCAAGUCAGUCAUAGCACCCCUAGCUGACCAAAACAUCUCAGUGUUCAUGCUCUCCACCUAUCAGACGGACUUCAUCCUGGUGCGUGAGCGAGACCUGCCCUUCGUGAUGCACACGCUGGCUGCCGAGUUCACCAUCCUCAGAGUAGUGAAUGGGGAGACUGUGGCUGCUGAUGACUUUGGGGUAACAAAUGGAUUUGUCAAACCAAAACUAGUUCAGAGGCCUGUCAUUCAUCCUCUUUCCAGCCCAAGUAAUAUGUUCUGUGUCACCAGCCUGGAUCCAGAUACCCUUCCCACUGUUGCUACACUCCUGAUGGAUGUCAUGUUUUACUCCAAUGGAGUAAAAGACUCAGUGGUGGGCAAUGAAGACUCGGGACAUAUUCGCUUUUUCUCCUUUUCUCUCAUUGAGGGUUACAUCUCCCUGGUCAUGGAUGUCCAGACGCAGCAGAGAUUUCCUAAUAAUUUGUUGUUUACAAGUGCAUCUGGUGAGCUCUGGAAGAUGGUGAGGAUUGGUGGGCAGCCUCUUGGCUUUGAUGAAUGUGGAAUUGUCGCUCAGAUUUCUGAGCCUCUGGCCGCAGCCGACAUCCCAGCCUACUACAUCAGUACUUUUAAGUUUGAUCACGCCUUGGUACCUGAAGAAAAUAUAAAUGGUGUGGUCAAUGCACUCCAAGUCAGUCAAGCUGAAAAGCAUUAGAAAUCUUCUGAGCUGGUUCCAGAUGCUUUUUAUUAUUCUAAUAAUAAUAAUUAUUAUUAUUAUUAUUCUUUUUUUCUCACAGUAUUUCUUGAAAAAUCUGAUUACAGAGAGUGACAUGAAAAGAGACUGUGGAAAGUUGAGCAGAAACAGCUCCAAUAAGCCUUUGUUUUAAUUAUUAUUAUUAUUAUUAUUAUUGUUAUUAUUAUUAUUAUUAUUAUUGUUAUUUUAUUAAAUUUAUGACUGAGGGGCAGGAGGAGAGGGAGUUUGUAUGGUUUCCUGAUGUUCAGCUCCGAGGUGAAGUGAACCCUGGCUGUGCUCAGUGUGGAAGGAGCUGCCUGGGGACACCCAGGGACACCCAGCACGGAUGGCCCUGGGCACACUGUGAGGGCAGUGGGGGGGGCCAAGAGCAGAUGGACAGGCUGCUGUCUCAGAGAGCCCUGAACAGCAGAAACAAAGUGAAAUAUGGAAUUAAACAGAAAAGACGUCGCAUAGUACUGGCUUGUCUCCUUGCGUCAGACUUCUGAGGCCUGUCCAUCACUGCCUGUGUUGAGAUAGGAUGCAGAGGGUUCUGUUUCCGCUGACAGAACAAUUUGGUGUUGGAAAAGAGGAAAAUAUCCAAUUGUUUGACAUUUCCCUUUUUCUUUCUCCCUGUUGUCAAAGCCUGGCUGCUCUGAGAAAGCCUGGGCAGGGGAGCUCAGCUCUGGCCAGCUCCUGGCAGGUGGUGUCACCCAGACUUGUGUCUGCAUUGAAACUUGGCUGGUUUGGGUCAAUUUUUUCCAGUCACUCCCUCACUGUUCCGAGUAUUCUCCUGCCAUAUCCCCUGCUCCAGGACAGCUGUUGUCCCCUUAUCCCACAUCAGAGCCUUCCCCCAGCCCUUGUUCCUCAGGGCCAGCAAGAGGAGGAAGGGCUCUUUUCUCCGGUCGCCUCAAGCUUUUUUCCAUCCAGUGUGCACACAUGGGGAAAUAAAGGAUUGCCCAGGAUCCCUGGGUAGCUGCUCUUGCACAUCCAGGCCACCUUGGCCAAGAGCCGCAGCAGGUUCCCUCUGCUAGGGCCAGGAGGGUGCCUGAGUCCUGUGGGGACCCUCCUGCAGUUUUUCAUCACACAGGUAGAAAUUGCUGCUGCCUGGGGAAAGUAAAGUGGUGCUGAAAAUGCCUAAAACCUGCUGGCAUCUGGUCCUGCACAGGAAGAUGAUGGGGCUUUUGCCAUGGGGAAGCAGUAGUGUGUUUUCUCUGGCUUGUACCACGGCUGAGGGCCAGCAGGAGCCUGGCGUCAAGGCCCACAGUGGCACCUGUGUCCAGGUUGUGCCAUGGCCACUGCCACCACUGUGGAGGACAGCAGAGAGCAGUGCUGGGAGAGAAGUGUUACCCAGGGUGUGGGUGCCAGCACUCUGCUCCACUGUGACAUGCAGCGAGGGCUGGUGAGAGGAGAAGCUGUCUGCAGAGGACCUUGCUCUUGUGAUUACCAGCCCCAGCUGGUAAUCUUAAUUCUUAACUUCUUCCACUUCAGGCUUAACAUAAAGAAUUUGCAGAUCUUGCCUUUUUCCCGAGGGCUUUCCAGCCAUGCUUCAGAGACAGCCUCUGGCAGGAUUUUCCUGAGGCUAUGCCAUAUACAGCUGCGAGCCAGGGUUUAAUCUGGAGGCAGUAAGCAAACACCUGGGAUCAUGCCAUGGGCAUGGUUUUUACUGGUGUGUAGGACAAAUACACACACAGAGCUGGUUAAUUAGUUCUGCAUUCACAGUACUGGAGGGCCAAGCAGUUAUGGUUUCUGAUGCUGCUGGACUCAAACUGAGUUUCAAAUCUGAUUUUUCACCAGUGGGAUGUUUUGUGGCAUGUAGACAAUGAGUCAGAGCAUCCAUGAAAAAAGCAUGGAUGACUUUCCUUGCUUGGCCCUACUGGAGCUGAAGCAUCCCUGCUGAGGAACACUGGGGCACAUGUUCAUGUUUUACCAAACAGGAUGUUCUGCUGUUCCUUUGCAUGGGUUUUCAAAAUUGUCCCAUGAUAUGUUUGUAUUCAUUCCAGAUUUCUAGACUAAAGGUGUGUUCUAGAUGUGGCACUGUGCAUGUCUGGAUGCUUGUUUGGAAAGAUGCUUUGGUGUCCUGCCACAAGGACAGGCACAGUGCAGUGCUGAAAGCAUCUGCAGAUGUUUGCUGUGGCUCUACCCUGUGCUGUGGGCACUGAGCUGGGCUGGAGUGGGCAGCAAGGCCAGAGGUGGCUUUUCACCCCAGAUGUUGUCAGAGGGUUGGGGGAGUGGGAUGUUGAGGUGCUGUUCAGCUGCUGAGUUGCCAGCCAAGGUUUCUGCUCAGCUGAGUUGAGGCUGAGUUUUAGCUGUGUGCAUGGAUGGUGCCAUCAUGCCAGAGUCAUCAGGACAGGCUGCCUUCUGCUCUGGGGUUUUGCCAGCCUUUGGGAAAUGCCAGGUUUGGCAUCAGAGAGUACCAAGUGUUGCUGUGUAUGUGCCAGUGCUGCUUCCAAAGGACUUCAGCCUGGAUAGGAAGGAAGUAACUUGAAACAAGCAACAACUUUACUGAGCCUUAAAUGAAAACAACAACAACAAAAAAUUAGUUUUAAUUUUCUAACAUUGCACUCAGGCUAUUUUAGAGGCUGAUUUUUGUAAUUUAAUUUUUUUCCCAAGGGAAUCAGCCUUAUAUUUGUGAAAUCUGUAGAAAGAUCUGUGGUAUUUGAAACCUUCCAAAGGAAGGUUGAAUGUCCCAACAUGGGAGAGUUGGCCUGAAAAAUUCACAGGAUGUAAAAUGCUGUUGGGGGACUCUGACACUGCCACCAUCCUUGGAUUCACCUUUUUAUUUCCUUUUAUCUUUUUGUCUUGACAUCCAAGAAGAUUGCUUCAGACAACUUGAUGCUUUCCCUUUAGUAUUCCUUUCAUAUUUUUUCUGGUGGGAGCUGAGAUACUCCAAAUGUGGCCAUAAUUGGUGGAACCUUGUUCCUGCACCAGCCUGCAGUCAGGAUCAAUGCAGGCUUGCACAGUAGUGCUGCAUGUGAGACCUACACUGCAGGAAGGGCUCUGUAGGGGCUUCAUUAAAUAUUUUCAUAGUAAUAAUGAUACCACCACACUACUGACACCCCAGUGCUUAGUGAACCCAAAGCAGGGGGGCUCUUAAAGCUGCUCCACAGCUCCCACUCUCAGCACACAGCCUUUGAAGUGGGGAAGGAGACUUUUCCUUUUUUAAAAGGAAGAGUCUUUUCCUUUUUUUCCUUAUGAUAAUACAUCUGAGUAUCCCUGACAUUUUGCUGUUGAGUCCUGUGUGGAUAAAGGAGGAACAUGUCUCCGUGGACACCCUUGGGCUGGGUGCCUGGAUUUCCUGCAGCUGCCCUCAGCAUCCCUGCUCAGCUCUCUGGGCAGUUCCACCUGGCCAUGGCUGCUGUAGUGAGGGAUUGCCUCAAUGCUGCAGGCCCCUCCCCAUGCCCUGUCUCCUCACAAAAUUCAAACAGCAAAAUGCAAAAGUUUCCAGCCUGCAGAAAGGGAUAAGCUUUCUCCAAGGCCUUUAUUUUGUUAGAAGCCUCAGCCUUUCCAAACUGUGUUAUUAGAGUUUUGUCUUUCUCCCUCAACCCAAUUAGAAUGUGACUACAAAUUCCUUUCUACUGAGCAAGUGUGUGCAUAAAUAUACAUCCUAAGUGUUUCCAUAGAAAUCCACAGUGAGUCCCUAUUGCACACCUAUAAAUACCCAUGUUUGUCUCUAGGGUGGUAUCCUGUACAUGGUGUGUGCACUCAGGCACUAUAGGCUCACACACAUAUACAGUGCAUGUGUGUGCUCUGGGCACACACCCUUGUGUGUGCAUCUGUGUAGUGAGUUCUGUAUACACACAUUUAUUCACCAUAUAUUUUUAAGUCAAGUAAUGGGCAAUAUUUGUUCCACUUUUGCUUUUUCUCUACAUAUGUUUAGUGAAGAGCAGCAGUGGAGGGAUUUGACCUGAAGCAAAGCUGGGGCUCCUCUGCUUGCUGGGAGCAGCAUUGGAUUUCCCUCCCUGCUUCAGAAAAUUCUGUUCCUCUCCAGUUUGGUACCUCAAGCACAGAGACUGUAGGAAAUCCACUCCUUUUCCUCUCUAUAUGUUUUAGUUGCUGCCCUAAAUUGCCUCAGCCUGUAAGCAGGGCUGCUCUGUUUGCACAGUGCCUGCCCAGACCCUGGCUGGGGUUUCCAGUGGGGUUCCAGCUCCUGCAGGCACAGAGCUCUGCCUGCCUCCCCCAGCAGGGCAGGAGCUCCUCCAGGUUUCCUGCAGCUGGGGCUGGGCUAGGCUCUCUGCUCGAGCCUGGGGCAUGUGCAAGAUUUGAUUUCCUGGUGGAUUUGUCUGCAGUGGCAGCCCCUGGCUAGUGCAGGGCUCUGGUAUUUGUUGGGGAAUUCACAUUUGUUGGCCUGUGAGGAGCUGAAAUCAGUGGCUUAUUUUUAAAUAGAUGUAAUUGUUGGAGGGUCUUUUCCUGUUAAAAGCAGAAGAACCCAGCUUGAACCCAGUCACUGGCAGUGUGUGGUCUUUGCAUCUCACCACUGGAGAUCUCUGCUGACCAGGAGUGCUGUUAGGGUCCAUGGAGGGAAAGAUGCUGCUUUCCUAUUUCAGUUACACUUCACUAAAGGGGGCUGGGAGGUGAGGGGUGCUGCCUUGCUACUGACCUUUUGGCACUUAGAAGCUGCUGAUUUUUCAGGCUGCCCCCCAAAUGCACCCUUGCACAGGUUUGUGCAGCCUUCAGUUUCUUUCCAGGCAUUGUUUGGAGUUUCUGCAAUGCUGUGCUUUAGAUGGCAUGUAUGAGCCUCCCUAAUGGGGAGAGGCCUUAAUGGAAAUAUUUGGUUUUGCUGCAGCAUAGAGACAGUGGCACCUGCAGUGGGUGACAUAAGUAGACUCACCUAAUGACAAUGCCAUUUAAAAAGCAUACUCACCAUACUGCUGCUCUGAAAUGUGUUUUAAACUGCAAGUUCUCUGUUACCAUUCCCAGGGCACAGGCUGCUGGUCAGAGAUGAAUCAAUCCUCCUCUCUCACUAAGAGCUUGUUUGUGUCAGGUCCUGCUUUGGGCUAGCACAUGACACUGAGCAGGGAUGUACUUUUUAAGAUGUGCCGUGCAGAUUUGGGUGUGGGAACUUCUAGGUUCUGCUGGGAGGUCCUGAUGGCUUCAGCCAAUCAAAGCAUCCAACAGCAGUGUAUCAGGUUUUAUUUCUCUGAAGCAUGAUGUUUUGUCCUGCCAGCACUGGGAGGAAAUAAGGCAGUGCAGGAUAAGGGAGUGUGUGGCAGAGGAGGUUGCUCAGGCUGCAGCCUAGCUCCCCAAGUACUCAGUUGUUUCCCUGGUGCUCUUGAUGCUUUAAGGAAUGUGUAGACCCCUGAGAGAGGCAAGGCAGGGAGCAGCUCUGCUCAGAGCUCUGCCAUUGCACUGCAUUUGCAGGAUUUGCUGCCUUCAGGCAUGAGCUGCUGACACAUUCCCCCACUGGCUGCCCCACAAGUCUCACGGUGUCUGUGAGAUGAGGGUUAGUGACUCUGACAUCCCGUGAAGGUUGGGAAGCUGUCUGGGACAUAAAAGGCUGAAUUGCACGUGCUUGAUCAGAGCCUGCCUCUGAGAAGUGGUUUUCUGUCUUUUCUCAGCUUUGCUAUACAAAGCUUGAAUGCUUUUUCUUACAAAGGGACCCCAUCCCUGGUGUGAGCUGAUGUUGCUGUGACUGCCUGGCUGCAGAAGGGCCAGGGCUUCAGGCCUUGCUGACCUGCAGCAGCCACGGGUCAGCCCAGGCUCCUCUGUUCCAGAAGGCAUCUAGGUCUGACUUGGCAUCGUCCCACACAUCCAUUCUGUGGCCGUGCAGGGUCUGCAGAGAUCCCUCUUAGUGACAGGCAUGGGAAAGGUAGGGGAGAACAGGGAUAGGUGGAGUGCUGAGUUGUGCAAAAGAAUUAAUAUGUUCAUUUUUUGUUGUGCACAUAUGAAGAUACUGAAGUUCUGCUUGUUGUUUUGAACACCAAAGCAUUUUCUUUUUUCUUUUUGACUGAAACAGAUCACCCCACCCUGCCCAGCCUCCAUGCUCAGCCCAGUAUCCCAGAGGAUGCAUUGGUCCCAGUCACAUCAUCCCAGCAAGGGUGGGUAGCAUGACCCCUCUAAACCCCCAGUACUUAAAUACCUCUUGAUGCUCAGCCUGUCCAUUGGGGAAGACUCCCAGUAAUCACUGUGUGUUUUGAUGUAAUGAUGGUAUUGGGUCUGGGGCCAGAGGGGUUCCUCCCACCCUUGUGGUUUUCCCCAUCCAUACACCCACACAACUGUUCAAGAGCACCAGGUCAUCAGAACUCCUUAAUUUAGAGGUCAGCAACAUGAAUGGGAGGUGCUGAGUCCUGCAUUGGUACAGUCACUGCUCACUAAGCACAAGUGUUCCUGUCAGCACUGGAUAAUUGGUAUUUUCUGUUAAUGAAAAGGGAGAAAUUCUUUGUUUGGCCUCAGGCUGAGCAUUGCUGCUAAUUCCUGAAAGAAGGUGUCCCCCAGCAGCAUUCUGUUAAGGACAAGAAGUCAUUUUCUGAUGAGGAUUUCUUCUCUCUCUGUUGCUUUGACUGUUGUGGACAUCUCCAGUAAGCAGCUUAAGGCAUCUCACUUACCUGUUCCAGUCCUGCCUGCAAACAUUGGAUUGGAUUGGAUUAAACUUUUAUUAUUUGCAGCAGUAAAACCCAGUAAUCCUUGGCCAAUAGUAUUUAGAGGUUGUAGCAUGCACUGGGGUGUAUUUACAUUGGCUGAAAUGUGCAAACCUGCCUCCAGAUUUCCAGGCCUUCUCCCCAUGAGUGCAUCUGUCUGUCUGUCUGCACCCUGCCAUAUGUCAGGGGCCAGCAAUAUCCCUCAGGCAUCCUGGCAGCACUGAACUGGUGUGGAAACACUGCACAUCCUCACAAGGGUGUGGGACCUUCCCAGGCUCCCUGGAAGGGAAACACUUGACUGUGAAGAUAAUCUUGAGUUACUCUGCUGUCCUUGGCCUCCUUCUUUACUUAAUCCUUAUGAAGCACAGCUGGGUUGAACCACCAGCUCCCGUUAGCAAAGGUGAAGGAAAGAAAGGGGUUCUGCAGUGAGAGACGUGCUCUGGAUGCUGAUCAGCAAAUCCUGGCUGCAGCAGUAAUAGCCUCUGCAGAUGCUCUGGUGAGCACAGAGCAAUGCACGGCCCCUGCUGUAUGAAGGGGAAAUGGAUGAAGUAUGUGUCAAAGUACAUUCUCAUUUUAGGGUAUGAAUUUUAGGGUUCAAUACCCCUUUGGAACAUGUAUAAGCCAGGAUCCUUUCUUGGUCUCUCUAGACAGCAUUGUUCAUUUCAGGUUCAAAGCCUGGGAAUGAAUUAACAAAUAACCUUGUUAUUGCAGAUUACAUGGAAUAGCUUCCCCCUGCUCCAUAAUUCUCUUGCAGCCAUGACUUGUGCUUCUGCAAGCCCUGAGUUUGCAGCGGGCCUGGCCAAGGGAACACAAACCCCUGGCACCUCCUCCCAGCUGAGAGUGCCCAGGUUUUGUGGCCAAGGUGAAGGGAGUGGCAGAGGGAUGGCAGCACACAGCUCCAGUAUGGCCAGCCCAGCUCAGCACUGUCCCAGCUGCAUGGAGCAGGACAGUUGCAAAACAGCCGUUUAAUGCCCUGGGCUCCUUGGGGGUUUUGUUUUUAUCCAUUUUUAGCUUUCUGCAAAUAUCUGUAAAUGAACUAUGGGUGGAUUUUGGAGCAGACAUGGACAGAGAUGCCCAUCAGGCAUCUGGCAGGAUUGAAAUGUUUUGAAAUUGAUUGAAAUAUGUUUGAGAGCAGAACAGGAGCAUGUCAUUCCCCCUCUGUCUGGCUCUGUCCUCUGCCUGUACCACAGGAGAGCUGACCAGGUGCCAUGUCCCUCUCUAGGCAGACCCAGUGGUUUUACUGGGGUCCUCUCAACCCUAAAAGGUUAUGCCAAAACCAGGGCUCCUUUCUUCCUUCAUUUUGCAGGGGCUGGUUGCUUCUUCCCUCCUUGUGUGGCUGUGGCAGAGGCAGUGUCUGUUGCACAGCACCUAUGGAAGAUGCCACAGGAGGCUGCUGUUCAGAGUCCCCCUGCUCUGGCUGGCUUUCUGCUCCUUUUCAGCAUCCUGAGGAUUUAAACCAGCUUUCUGUAGUUACAGGAAUAAGCUUGAAGAUUCCUAUUCACUCUUUUGUUACUUGAAAAACAUUUUACAGGUACCUGAUUCCCUGGUCUUGUGGGAAUGCUGCUUGAAGCACCCGCUGGCCAGGUUGGCUGCUGUGAGCAUUACUGCUCCUUUGGGCCCUAAAAGAGGAGUUCAGCCCCAUUUGCCAGCUGAAAGGCUGAAGCAGCCCCAGGCUCAGGCCAGCAGGAUGCUGCUCUGGGCCAGGUCUCAGGGGAGAGAGAGCCCCAGUAACCAGAGCUCCCUCAUCCUCUGUGUCCCUGCUGCCCACACAGAGCCAUUCCCAUCAGCUGGGAGGGAAUGCAAAGGGAAUUUCCCUUCUGCUGAAGAAAAGCAGCAGUUUCCUCUGUGGAUUUGUGGUCAGUGGCAAAAGCAGGAGUGUGUGCCAUGUGGAACAUUGAAAGAAGGAGACAGGUUCCUAUACGAAGAGCAAAGGAGAAAAAAAUCUACAGCCUUUGUUGUAGGUGUUUCUUGCAAUUUCUAAUGCCAGCCUUGGAUGGGGUUGAGUUUUUGAGAUCACUGAAAUAACCUGAAGAGCUGGUGGUGUUUUACAACUGCAGGACAUUGCCUCUAGGCAGGACCAACCUGCACAGAGCACAGGACUCUUCCCACCAGGGCUCGGCAUGUUUCCCUGCAGCAGUACCCCCAGACAGACAGGCUACUGAACCAGGGCUGCUCUUGAAGAAAUCCUGAGUUUUAACAUUUCCUUCCUGGGAGCAAACCUCUGCUUUUCCUGGCCUGUGCCAGUCAGUUGGUGCUGAUGCAGGACGUUCAGAGUAUGAAGGAGGUGGCUCUGCAGGAGGAGGAGCACCUCAUUUCUCCUUCACCCAUUAGGAACUGUCAGGUCCAGCUCAACGACCUCAGCCAUUUUUUUAGUCCUAUCAUAGAAUUAAACAUGAGUCAUGCCCUCGUUCUCCCCCAAACCCCACCUACCCAGAUCCCUGCCAGUCCCAUGUGUCAGUGCUUCCUUCCUUCAGGUUUUUAUUUGUUCUCCAAUUGCAAACUGCUCCAGUGAUACCAUGGCAGAAAAUCAGCAUCCCAGGGCAGGCUCUUCUAGGUUCUUCUGGUUGGGCUGGAUCCAUGCCCUCACCUCUCACCCAAAAUCCUCCUGCAACUGCUGCUAAAAAUAAUCUUGCCAAUCCAAUGGUUGUUGAUAAUAGUGUGAGAACUGCAUCCAAGUGCCAUUAGUGCCCAGGUUAAUGCCUGGAAAUGCACAGGGUAGUGCCUCUUUCCAGCCCAGGACUAUGGUGUCACAGCCAGCAGUGUUGUGUCCCCUGUCCCUGCUGGCUGUGGCCAGGCAUUGUUAUCCCUCCCUUGUGCGUGGCUCCAGGCUUGACUUUGGGGCUUGUGAGACACGAACUUGAGGAGCAGGGUGUUCACUCUAGCACAGUGGCAGCCACAGUUUUCUGCCACUGCAUCCUCCUCCACACUGCCUCUGCAGCAGCUGGGGCUGGCAGUGACAGAGGGGACACUUCUGCUGAUGACCCAAGUACCAGGACAACCAUGGCUCUUGGACAGGCAGAAGAGGAGGCUGCCAGGCAGUAACUCACAGUAGGAUGCAGCUUCAGAAGCUCUGUUCCAGCCUUUGGAAGAGCCUGUCUCAUUCCCUUACUGUGAACUCCUUACAUAACCCAUUCUCCCCAUUCUUGUUUCCAUCAGAAUUAGAGGAUGGGUGAUCACCUCAAUUUUCUUGACAUGUUCACCUGUUCCCACCACCCAGCCAUCAGCAGCUCCUGCUGCUGCUGGGAUUUGGGUCUUGGUGCCCAGGGCACAUCUGCAGCCCCACCCUGCAGUGAGUCUGGCACUGGCAGGUUGGCUCCUGCAGUUUGGGCACCGUGGGCAGCCAGAAGGGAUAACCUGAGGGAGAGCUGCACAGAGGGAGGAGGAGCUUCAUUUCCUCCUUGGUGCUUAGGGCAGAUUUUUAAUUUGGUUUCUCUGGGCUAAGAUUCAGCAAGCCAUCACCCUGCAGGGUGACAGAGGCGGGUCACAGCCCCACUGCACUGCUGCAGUUCAGGGCUGGUUACAAGGGGCUGGCACAGCACCACUUUAUCAGUGCCUCAAGUGGCUUGAACAAGUCUGAGCAUUUAUUUCUUUCUCCCCUUUGUAUGGACUCCAAAGGAGCCCAGAUUCCCUCCGCAUACCUACACAACACUAACCCAAAUUUCUAGAACUGCCAAGAGAGCAGAGAUGCUCCUGGUGCAGAAGCUGCCCAGCUUGGAUCAGGGUCUGGCUCUCAUCCCUGGCCACUUAGAACAGCUGUGCUGGCCAGCCUGGGGAGGAAACACGAAUCUUUAGGACUUUUUUAUUUAAUAAGUUAUUUAUGUAUCAUUUGCUCUGUAAGUGAAAUAGCACUUUUGGCCUCAGACACACACCAAACAGGCUGAAGUGAGGCUGGGAACCCCAAACUCUUGCAGCCUCUCCUUCCUGCUCACCUCUCAGAAACCCCAUGCAGCCUUUCACUGGGGAGGGUAGAAAAACAAGUGUAUUUAUUUCCCUUUAAUUACCAGACCUGACAUAAACAGACAGGGUGGGGGAAUCCUGCCCAUGCAGGGGCCUUUGGUACACCUCCUGCUCUGGGCUGCAGCCAUGGAAAGGCUGCUUGCACCUGCCAUGUGCCCAUGGGCUCAGUGGGGCCAGGCCCUGCAUGUGUGGGUGGGCAGUUCCUGCAAGCUUGGGGGUACAAGGCACAGGGGAGCCUGAAUGCAUCAGCUGCCUUCAUGACCUCUGCACGGGGGGAUGUUCUACCAGCAGGCACAGGGAGUGGUGGCAGCAGCUUGGGAUCAUGCACUGGACAUUGUGUGGCGCUGAGAAGUGGCUGCUUUGCUUUCCCAGCAAGUGCACAUGCUGCUUUUCUUUGCUGGUCUUAUGCUGAAAAGCUGAGAUUUAUGUACUGUAUGAAAAAAACAAAACAGAAAAAAAGAAAAAAUCCUAAUGUUCCAAAAUAAAUGACAGUAUAUUUUGUACUUUGUAAAGUAAUUAAACUGAAAAAGAAUAAAAAGUGAAACUUAUGCUGUCUGCUUUUGUACUGAUCAAACUGAUGAAAAUAAAGCAGAGCUUGGCACUGUC